AGGGACCGGCUGUCGGACGCACGGUAGCACUGCUGGAAGCGCGGACCAUGGGUAAGUUUCUGAAAGCUGGGCGCGUGGUGGUCAUGCUGCAGGGCCGCUACGCUGGGAAGAAGGCGAUUGUGGUGAAGGCCUUUGAUGACGGCUCCAAGCAGCGUCCCUUCGGCCACUGCAUGGUGGCGGGCAUCGACCGAGCGCCGCUCAAGGUGACGAGGCAAAUGUCCAAGAAGAAGAUCACGAAGCGCACCAAGGUGAAGCCUUUCGUGAAGUAUGUGAACUACAACCACAUCAUGCCCACCAGAUACCAGGUGCCUGCAGAGAUGUCCCCCGCCACCAUUUGCACCGACCAGCAGAUGGACUCUCUGGAUGGUCGCAAGGAAGCCAGAAAGAUGGCCAAGAGUCUCUUCCAGGAGAAGUUCCAGGCACCACCAGCAGACAAGUCCGGUCGCCCUUCCAAGGAUGUCCUCUACCUGCGCAAGAAGCUGCGCUUCUAAGACAUUGUGCUUCCAUAUUGCAGCUGUGCAGCC